AUGGCGAUCACACAGAGAGACGCCCCUCCAACGGGUGGCCGCAAGAGAAUAGCUGAAUCCAUCAAUUUCCACCCGCUAUGGAUCAAAUUUCAGCGGUCCAGGAACUUUGGGGGUUGGAUUGAGGAUGAUUUCACUGAGGUGACAAAGCCCGAUGCGCUUAAAGAUUUUAACAGCAAGGGUGCAGCGAAAAGGCCUCCUGUGGACACUCGCCCAAUGGACGGAUUGCUUUCCAAAUCACUUACGGCAAACAUGUUGCAUGAGGUUUUUCACCUGUCAUAUUUCGGGAACAUGCUUGAUGCUCCAAAUGCGUAUGGAUGGAUGAACAACGUCAAAAAUAACAAUCGCGAAACCCCGGACUUAUAUGCUAUCAUCGGCGCGGUCAUCGAGUUGAUGAACAGAGACGGUCAGAAGUACUCAGUGUCGGCGGAAGGCGAAGUUUCCCCUAUGUCUUGA